ACCAAAGCCAUCAAAAUAAUUGCCACAAAUUUUCCCCUCGCCACUCUCACUAGUAACAUCACUCCUAUUUUGGAGGUUCCGAGUUCCCUGACACAAUCACAGUAAAGAACAAGGGGGUUUUCUAAUUUGCAGUUUGAAAGCCAUGGCAGCCUCACUACAAGCAGCAGCUACCCUCAUGCAACCAACCAAGGUUGGUGUGCCAUCUAGGACCAGCGUGCAGCUUAGGUCCUCCCAGAGCGUUUCUAAGGCCUUUGGUUUGGAGCCUGUUGGAGCUAGGCUGACUUGCUCUUUGCAAUCUGACCUUAAGGACUUGGCUCAAAAGUGUGUUGAUGCUACCAAGAUCGCUGGUUUCGCUCUCGCUACAUCUGCUCUUGUUGUCUCGGGAGCAAACGCUGAAGGAGUUCCAAAGAGGCUAACCUACGAUGAAAUCCAGAGCAAGACAUACAUGGAAGUAAAAGGAACAGGAACUGCUAACCAGUGCCCAACCAUCGACGGUGGUGUUGACUCAUUUGCCUUCAAGCCUGGCAAAUACUACGCCAAGAAGUUCUGCUUAGAGCCUACUUCCUUCACUGUCAAGGCUGAGGGUGUUAGCAAGAAUGCCCCACCGGAGUUCCAAAAAACCAAGCUCAUGACCCGUUUAACUUACACCCUUGAUGAAAUCGAGGGACCUUUCGAAGUAUCUACUGAUGGCACAGUCAAGUUUGAGGAGAAAGAUGGAAUUGACUACGCUGCUGUGACAGUUCAGCUUCCUGGGGGUGAGCGUGUGCCCUUCCUUUUCACCAUCAAGCAAUUGGUGGCAUCAGGCAAACCUGAAAGCUUUGGAGGAGACUUUCUUGUACCAUCCUACCGUGGCUCAUCUUUCUUGGACCCAAAAGGAAGGGGUGGUUCAACCGGUUAUGACAAUGCAGUUGCCUUGCCCGCCGGAGGAAGGGGAGAUGAGGAGGACCUAGCUAAGGAGAACAACAAGAGUGUUGCAUCUUCAUCAGGGAAAAUCACCUUGAGUGUUACCAAGACCAGGCCUGAGACCGGAGAAGUAAUUGGUGUGUUUGAGAGCCUUCAGCCAUCUGAUACUGACUUGGGUUCCAAGGCUCCCAAGGAUGUGAAGAUCACUGGUAUCUGGUAUGCUCAGCUCGACUCAUAGAGAGGCUCUUGUAUGAAUGUAUUUAUUCUUGCUUCAGAUUUUGUAAUUUGAAGGUGUUGCUAAACUUUGCUGUAACCCAAUGAAAAGCACUGAGAUUAUCAUCUUCGUUGUAUAUUAUGGUGGCUUCCUAUAA